AACGCUAUGAAUUCAAUACAUAAUAACUUAUUUUAUUUUCGUCAGAAAAAUUAUAAUUGAAAUGAUUGAUUUUAUUAUUGUAAGAAGUACUCUGAACCUCCCCAUAACCAACAGCUGACACGUAAAAACAACAAAAACAAUUGUUCGUAUUUGUUGUUGUUUUGCUGAUUGUUGUUCUGAGAGCGAAUUUGUAGCAGAUAAAAAUACUUAAACAAAUAAUAGUUUUGUGCUAGUAAAAUAAAUAUAAACAACAUAAUUUUGCUUCAAAUUCUUUUAACAUUUAACAAGAGUACGAUUAAAAUUCGAAGUAUUACAUCUAGAUUGCAUCAAUCACAAACUGAAAAAUCAAUAGAACAAAGUUAUUUGACGAAUCGCUGUACAGUUUAUAACUACACAAACAUAGAGUAACAUGGGCGCUGAGCAUUCCCAGCAACGAGCUGAGGCAGAUGGACGAGAAAUUUUUGAAGGCGAUUUAAAAAUCACACUUGGCAAUGCAAGGCAAUCACAUAGUGCCACACCCACUGGUAGCACAAAACGACGUAGUGGUCGACAAAGCACAAGCAGCGCUGGCUCCAAUCGUGGCAGUAAACAUAUCGUUGAGACAGUAACAGCAACUGCAUCUCCCACUACGUCUGUAGAGCUUAGUCGACCACCUUCGCCACCACUGAGUGUAUGCUCUGACUUGCCUUACGUUUCUUAUACGGAUCGUCCUAUAGGUGACUCACCGAAAAUUCGCAACAAACCGCAUAGUCGACACCAACAAGCGAACAGUAUAAAUCGUAGUGCAGGUAUACGCAAGUCUUUUGGCACGGGCGCUACACCAAAACGUCCACAAUCCACUUCGGGCACAAUAGUGAUAGUUAAGCCAGGCGCGCGUGACGCAGACUACGAUGCUGAUGCAGAUUUGACACGUUUGCGUAACAUUCCACAAUUCCUGCCUGUAUUACGUGAUUCUAUAACAACAGCAGCUUUUACACGUGAUCAGGAAGUGUUGGAGCGUUUAAAUGCGCAACAUUUAGUGAAUAUUUGUAGUCGCAUGCAAACACAUUUAAAUCUAUGCGCCACACAAGUAACACAAGAGCAAAAUCAUCUUGUUGAACGUACAAAGGUGGUUAGCAAUUCCAUUACAACAUUGUUUGCUUCGUUUGUGGAUAUGCAGAAAACGUAUGCUGCUUAUGCCGAGCAAUUCUCCAAGGUGCGUACUAUAUCACAACAACUGAGUCGUUGUAACUCUUUGCUGCAUGACAAUAUUGCAAAUUUGGAAGCCAUAAAUAAUUUUCUCGAUGUUGAAGAUCGUUUGGAGCCUUUCAUUUGGCGCACAGAUGAUGGUAAGCAGCGUGGUGAAGCGGAAGGUGCGCCUGGUGGAGGUAGUGGGCGGCUGACGCGUAUGUAGUGUGGUUAAGAAAAUGCUAGUCGCUAAUUAUUUUCUCACAAAAACGUUAACGCCAUUCUGGCAAAACGUUCUAAUCUGGAAAAGCAAUAUUUUCUUUUCUCAGGUGUAAAAUCGUUAUAUUUGUUGUUAUAGGACCUUGAUCCAACAGUCUAGUUUCGAUUAUGGUCGAAAGUGUAAUUUGAAUUAAGUUUUUGUUAUGAUUAAGACGUGUGUGGUGUAAAUAUAAUAAAUAUUAUAUAUUAUAAACUACAAGAUGUGUCUUGUAUUUUCUAAUUGUUGUAAGAUACUAAUUUAAAAAUAUUAAUAUUCAAAGUUUACUGUUUAAUAUAAAUUAAUAAGAGAAUAGAAGAGUAAAAUAAUUACAUACAUUUAUUUAUUUAUAUAUAGUUCCUCAGUUUAGUUGAUAUAAGUACUAAUUACAAUAAUAUAUAUAUAUAUAUAUUUAUACACAUAAUACUCGUGUAUGUUUCAAUUACUUUUUGAAAUAAAAUAUCAAGUACUAAUAUCUAC